AUGCCUGUGCCAAAAGAUUUGCCCGACCGCCCUCGUGCUUUCAAACGCCUCACGGACGAGCGUCACCCUCGCCUCUGCCGCGCGCUGCCCGAAGCUGUCUUCGACCAACUUAGUCAAGAACGCGAAGCAGGCACCCCGCACCAAUACACCACCACUGAGCUCUGCGCUGUCGUCCGGCACGUCUCCACACUCCCGCCACCUUCUACUGCGCUUCCGACCAUCGACUGGGAUGCAGUCAAACAGGCCAAGCUCGCGGCACACGACGAUCGCCAACACUUCCGAGCGCAGCGCAACCAAGCCAACACUAGGCAGAACACGCACGCCACCGCCGACCUCGCUCGCAUCUUUGCGCCGAAGUUUGCAGCCACUCUCAAACACUUCAACAUCCUCGAGACGCUCGACUGCCCCGACGUACUAGCCGACGACAUCAACGCCGUCUUCAAGCUCCGCGACCGCCUCGCCCACCUCGAUUGCACUCUCAAAGAUGUAUCCAGCGUCAUCAGCAUCGAGGAGUGGAACCGCUGGGACUCAGGGUUGAAACAGAUCGGAGGAGUCUCGUUCAAAGGACUGCGGCGCAACCGAGUCCAGAUUUUUAAAGCACUUCGUGUGGUUUGGGUUAAUGGGUACUUCGAUUAA